CCGCGCCGUCGGGGCCGCCGCCGCAGCGCCGCGUGACGGAGCCGGGAGGGCGCCCCGAGGAGACGCCGUUGGUCUGUGAAAUGAUGACUCCAGAGAUUUUCUGUUGGAGAUGUGAAGAUCGUGAGCUGAAGUAAAAUGCUGGCAGAAACCUUUUGAGGAUUUUGCCAUUUUUCUUUUUCCCUUUGGAGGAUUUGUGUUUACAAGAAAUUGAUACCAUUAAGCGACACUUUUUAGAAAUAAAAUAACUAAAAAAAAACCUCCCCAAGAAUAAAGCUGUAUUUAUGCUCAGAGAAAACUGGAUUAACAAUGAGGCCAAAGACUUUUCCUGCUACGACAUAUUCUGGAAACAGCAGACAAAGGUUACAAGAGAUUCGAGAAGGUUUAAAGCAGCCAUCCAAAUCUUCAGGUCAGGGACUACCAAUUGGACCAGGCAGUGAAACUUCUCUGGACCCUAAGAUUUUAGUAGGGAAGGAUGCUUCAAGGCAGCAGCAGAUGAGACAAACGGCAAAGUUUGGACCUUAUCAGAAAGCUCUGCGAGAAAUUAGGUAUUCUUUGCUACCUUUUGCUAACGAGUCGAGCAAUACAGCAACUGUUGAAGUGAAUAGGCAGAUGCUCCAGGAGCUGGUGAAUGCAGGUUGUGAUCAGGAAAUGGCCGUGCGGGCGCUGAAGCAGACGGGUAGCAGAAGUAUUGAAGCAGCUCUGGAAUACAUCAGUAAGAUGGGCUACUUGGAUCCUAGAAAUGAGCAGAUAGUACGUGUAAUUAAGCAGACCUCACCAGGAAAGGGUAUUGUGCCAAAUAACGUAACUCGCAGGCCAAGCUUCGAAGGAUCGAGUGAAUCUUUUCCAUCCUACCAUCAGAUCAGUAAUGCAGCCUAUGAAGGGACAGGCUUUGCAGCAGAAGGUGCAAAUAUGCUAACUGAAGUUCCACGGCCAUACAUGGACUAUUUAAUCUCUGCUUCACAGUCUGCCGCUAUGAAUGCGCCUGUACAGCGACCCUCUGGCGUAGGCACUCACAGCACUCCAACAAGCCAUCAGCAGAAAACAUACCCUGCAAAUAUUGAGUCUUCUGUGAUUAAUUAUCCCGUGUCUAAUCACAGCAGCCCAGCCUUGCAGCUUCAGGCCUCCCAUGGCUCCAACAGCCAGCAUUACAGUAGGCAGCACAUGAUGGUGCAGGGGGAGCCCAUGGGAUAUGGUGUUCAGAGGAGUCCAUCCUUUCAAAACAAGAUGCAGCAGGAGGGAGGUUAUGCCAAUCUCCCAAAUAAAGGGGCAGUUGUUCAAAAUAACACCGGUCAUGCAUUUCAGCAGGCACCGGCAAGCCUGUAUAUGUCACAUUCUCAUCACAAACAGACAAGUCCUCCCUCCCAUCAAAUGCACGUGAUAUCCAGAGGUCCAGCGUUUGGUAAUGAUUUUGCAGACAGCCCACCACAAAAUCUAUUAACUCCAUCUAGAAAUAGUCUGAACAUGGACCUCUAUGACAUGAAUAAUCCUCAAGUUCAGCAGUGGCAGGCAGCAGCGCCUUCACGGCGAGAUUCUUUACAAAACCCAGGAAUAGAAUCAUCUCCACGGCAACACGUGUCCUUCAGACCUGAUGCCUCGGUGCCAAGCAGAACAAACUCCUUUAACAACCAUCAGCAACAACCACAAGUGACCGUGUCUAUGAGACAGGUUCCUCCAGGAAAACCCGAUCCUUCAAUUACAUCUCCAAAUACAAUCACAGCGGUCACAUCUGCUCAUAUUCUCCAGCCAGUGAAGAGCAUGCGAGUGAUGAGACCCGAGCCUCAGACUGCAGUGGGACCUUCCCAUCCUGGUUGGUUACCUGCCCAGGCGCCGGCCGUGGAUGGCCUAGAGAUCAUUGAACAGCACGUUCCAGCUGUUGGAGCGGCCAACGCCUAUCAAUUAGAUGUGGAUUAUGGUAACCAGGAGCUGCGGUGUCCACCACCACCGUAUCCCAAGCAUUUGUUAAUUCCCGGCAGCUCCGAGCAGUUUGAUAUCAAUUGCUUAUGCAUGGGUGUGGAGCAGACCCUCCGUGUAGUCCCCAAUGCGACGUGCAAUAAGGCUGAGGAGAACAGUGAGAGAAACGACAAAAACAGCAAGAACACUAAAGCUGAAAAACCAAGCAAGGAUAAAAAGCAGAUCCAGACAUCUCCAGUGCCUGUGCGGAAAAAUGGCAAAGAUGAGGAAAAGCGAGAAUCCCGAAUAAAGAGCUACUCACCAUUUGCUUUCAAGUUCUACAUGGAGCAACACGUAGAAAAUGUCAUAAAGACCUACCAGCAGAAAAUUAACAGAAGAUUACAAUUGGAGCAAGAAAUGGCUAAAGCAGGCCUUUGCGAAGCAGAACAGGAACAAAUGAGGAAAAUUCUCUACCAGAAGGAGUCCAACUACAACAGGCUUAAAAGGGCCAAAAUGGACAAAUCUAUGUUUGUGAAGAUCAAGACACUGGGCAUUGGUGCCUUUGGAGAAGUAUGCCUGGCCUGCAAAGUGGAUACUCAUGCCCUGUAUGCCAUGAAAACUCUGCGUAAGAAGGAUGUACUGAACCGGAACCAGGUGGCUCAUGUCAAAGCAGAAAGGGACAUUCUUGCUGAGGCAGACAACGAGUGGGUGGUUAAACUCUAUUAUUCCUUCCAAGAUAAAGAGAACUUGUACUUUGUAAUGGACUACAUCCCUGGUGGGGAUAUGAUGAGUCUGCUGAUUCGGAUGGAAGUCUUUCCAGAGCGUCUUGCUAGAUUUUAUAUUGCAGAGCUCACUUUGGCUAUUGAGAGCGUACACAAAAUGGGUUUUAUUCAUAGAGACAUCAAGCCUGACAACAUUCUGAUAGACCUCGAUGGGCAUAUCAAACUGACUGACUUCGGACUGUGUACGGGAUUCAGGUGGACUCACAAUUCAAAAUACUACCAGAAAGGGAGUCACAUCAGACAGGACAGCAUGGAGCCCAGUGAUCUUUGGGAUGAUGUGUCCAAUUGUAGAUGUGGAGAUAGGCUGAAGACAUUGGAACAAAGAGCUAAGAAGCAACAUCAGAGAUGUCUAGCCCACUCAUUAGUCGGAACCCCUAAUUACAUUGCUCCUGAAGUCCUGCUUCGUAAAGGAUACACCCAGCUCUGUGACUGGUGGAGUGUUGGUGUGAUCCUCUUUGAGAUGUUAGUGGGACAGCCUCCUUUUCUGGCUCCUACGCCCACAGAAACCCAACUGAAGGUGAUAAAUUGGGAAAGCACACUGCACAUCCCCACACAGAUCAAGCUAAGCCCUGAAGCAACGGAUCUCAUCACAAAGUUGUGCUGUGCAGCUGAGGACAGGCUUGGAAGAAAUGGAGCAGAUGAUAUUAAGGCCCAUUCUUUCUUUCACUCUAUGGACUUCUCUGCCGAUAUCCGUAGGCAGCCUGCUCCCUAUGUUCCAAAGAUCAGCCAUCCAAUGGACACUUCAAAUUUUGAUCCAGUUGAAGAGGAAAGCCCUUGGAACGAUGCUAGUGGUGACAGCACCAGGACGUGGGAUCCAUUGGCUUCUUCCAACAGCAAGCACACCGAGCAUGCCUUCUAUGAGUUCACUUUCCGAAGGUUCUUCGAUGACAACGGCUAUCCAUUCAGGUAUCCCAAACCUUCCGGGAUGGAAGUUGGCCAGUCUGAGAAAUCCAGCGUAGAGGACAAAGACAUGGUGGAUCAGACUGGAGCUUGUCAACCUGUAUAUGUGUAAAUUAUUGUAUAGAGUACUCCAGGUAAGACUAAUCUCAAAUCCAGUUGGGCCUUUAACUGAUCCUUUGGGAGCUGAUCCUGCAGUGCUUGUUCAUGUCUAACAUCAGAUGAAGCUGAAGUCAUCCUGGGGAGUCAGAAACUUGCAAGGCCAGGUCCUAAAAACGGCACUCUUGGAAGUUCAGGUCAGUUUUACUGUAAAUAGCUUUGUUGAUGAUUACACUUGAAGUCCUGGUCUUCACCAAAAUCUGCAAGGCCAGAAGUCUAUCAUUUCUAGGCCUGUUGUUAUUUGAGGUCAGCACCCCCCUACUCAGAUAAAUUUCUGCAUCUGUCAGCAUUAUUUUUUAAAUGAAUAAAGAGCACUUAUAUUUUGUUUAUAGCAGGGUGUUUUUUUUCCUACUAAAUUAUAGGGAUUAACUUUGACAAAUCAUGCUGCUGUUCUUCUUUUCUACAUUUUUAUUUUAUCCAUAGCACUUAUUUCACAUUUAGGAAAACGCGUAAAGCUGAAGAGCGUGUGAUGAAAGGUCUCUGUGCAAUAAUGUAAGAAAGGAAAAAAGGAAGAAAAAAAAAAAGAAAAAAACCCAAACAAAGAAGUCAGCUCUCUAAUUUUCUUAAUUUACUGACGCCAUUGUAUUCGCACCACGAUUUUUGUUUAUUAUAUGUAUUUUCCACAUUUCAAAAUUGUGACGUAACCUUAAAGCUGCUUGAUUUCCUUCUGCUUGUUGGAAUGUAAUAGAAAGUGUGAGCAGGCGACUAUUUGGGUGUGAUUUCAUUGUCUAGCGUGUGAAGAAUGUUGCAUGAGCAGUGUUUUUCUAUUUGAAAUGGCCUUUUCUUGCCAUUCACAGGCAGGUCCUGUGGAUCCGUUUUUUCUGAGGGUCUGAAAUCAGACCGUUUUAAACCAUGUGUUGAUAAUGCAUCGUGUGGAUGGUUUUUUCUUACGAUUGUAUCCAGUACUAAUUUUGUAAGACAGAUUGCAACGUUUAGAACCGAAUUGUCGUUUUGUGGUCUGACGCAGCGGAUCACUGGUAAGCAUCUGUGGUGGGCACACACACUGCCCCACGAAGGAUCGAUAGCACGACUGCUGGCAGGGGGCAGAUUGGUGGCGGCAGGCCGGCUCUGACCCCUUCACACAGCGUGCAGCACAGCCUUCCUUGCUUAGUGCUGUCCGUAACGCAGAGCACCAGUGCCAGCGUGGAGCUCGGUGUCCUCAGAACAGAAGGGGUCAAGCUGUGCUCCUGUAGCAGAGACCCUGAGUUCGUGCAGGGCCGCGGCUUUUCCAGCCUGCGCAUCUCUCGCAGGGCCGCCUGUGUGUGGCUGCAGGAUCGCGGUGCUUCGGCCCCGCAGCCGGCGGUGCUGCUGUUGCUGACAGGUCGUUCUGCCCUCCUGUCUCUAGAGAACGUUGCUGUGGUGGAGCACAACAGUCCUUUGUUUCUGUCGGAUUGUAGACUUACUUUGAAAUAUCAAUCUUAACUAUGUUAAAAUAUGCGUUUUUCUUAUAUGUAUAAGUGAGAAUUAUUUGAGAUGAUAUCAGAAUACUAAAGUAAUUAAGCCAUACGUAUUUGCAUAUAUUAUAUAUAAGUAAGUAAACACACAGAAAAAAUCCUUAAUUCAGAUGAGUGUAACAGUCCUAUUUAAAAUGAUUGACAUCGUAACAUGUGAGGAAAACACUCCUUUAUGUGUUUUUGCUUCUUUUUUUUUUUUUUCUCUAAUCUGGAACUUCGUUUUUUUUUCCAUAUAUUGGUCCACAUAUUAUUCCUUAAUGUUUUAGCAUAUCCUAUCCUAUCCAGUGUUUAGAUAUCUAAGCAACAUCAUAUAAAUUCAUCAGCCUAAACUAAACAAAAAUGAUUGUGUAUUUGUUUACAUUUGUAUGAAAGGAAUGUUCUGAGGUAUGCAGUGCUUGUGUUGUGACAGUUCAUGUAAGGUUCAGUAUUACUGCUUUUUUAUAUAGUAAUGCCAUUUUUUGUUAUUUACAUCUAUUUGACAUUCUUUCAUGUGGUAGGUUCUUUCUCAGGAACUCAGUUUAACUGUUAUUUAUUGAUAUAUCAUUGCCUUUGAAAGCUUCUACUGGCACAAUUUAUUAAAAAUCUGAAUCAAAAUCUAA